AUGGAUCAAUCCCCUCGUCCUCCAUGGGUAGUUGCUUCACAAGGGAGAGGGCGUGAUCGAGGAGACAGAUUAACCUGGAAGCUUGUGGCUGCCGUCGUGGCACUGGCGAUCGAGGGUGACAGCAGAGCGGCUUUUGUCGGACCGUCUCUUCUUCCCGCCAUCAUGCUGAUGCGGUACCGCCUGAUCUUGUGCUCUGCCCUCGUCUCGCUCCACGCCUUCCCCGGAGGUGCUCUUAAUGCCACCACCCUGCGCCCGCCUGCGGUGUGGACAAACAAUGAUUCCAGCCUCAAUCGUUCAAGCAGUCCUGGCUCCCUCGUCCGGGUCGUACUCUCCCUACCCAUAUCAGACAUCCCUCAUGAUUACCUGGGCUCAGGCGGUCCGCCUGCGCGGCCCGCUAACAGAGUUCGCCCGGUGGGCGAGAACGCCACCCUCCAUUUCUCCCAGGACGUCGGAUUGUCCCUCAGAGACGCGGAUGGUACUCUGGUCUGGUCCUCUAACACUGCAGGCAAGUCAGUAGUGGGGAUGAGGUUGAGCAAGGAGGGAAGGCUGGAGCUGUUCGACGGCAGUAAUGCGUCAACCUGGGAUUCUUUUGAUUACCCGACCGACUCAUGGCUUCCUGGUCAGACUCUGAAGGAGGGGCAGAGGCUGACUGCAAAUGUUUCGGCUACGGAUUGGAAUCGAGGUCAGUUUUAUCUUAGUGUUGUUAGUGGAGGGUUGGAAGCUUAUGUAGAUUCGUAUCCUCCUCAACUUUACUAUCAACACAAGAAUAGUUCGUGGAGUGCGCCUACUCACAUAACCUUCACCGACGGAAGCCUCAUCAUGUCCUCAGAUUCUACGGACAUCAACGGAAGCCUCAUCGACUUAAUCGUGACCACGGGAGUAUCGUCAUUGCAGUUCAUCAGAUUAGAUUCUGAUGGGCAUCUAAGGCAUUACGGGUGGGACACAGAUGGGUGGGCGUCGUUUGAUGUCUUCUUAAAAUCUGACCCUCGGUUCGGAUCCUCUCAGCGAGACGAUUGCACCUACCCAACUGUUUGUGGAGAGUAUGGCUUAUGCUCUAAUGGCGACUGCACCUGUCCAAAUUUCACCUAUUUUAGGCAACUGGAUGAAAGGCGCGUCAAUCUUGGUUGCUAUCCUGUUACUCCUUUAUCAUGUCAGUCCACUAAUAAUCAUCAGUUGCUACCUCUAGCUAAUGUUUCCUACUUCAUUUACAACGAUUUGACUGCUGGAAGUUUUACAAGCACGGAUGAGCAGCAAUGCAAGCAGGGCUGUCUGAGAAAUUGUUCAUGUAAAGCUGUGUUUUUUAAGUUUACAAAUGAUAGUUCAAAUGGUUCCUGCUAUCUGCCAUCACGGCUUUAUUCAUUGUCCUACAACGAUCCUCAAAUCAGCGGGUACAAUUCAUCAGCUUAUAUCAAGGUGCAAAUUCAAAAGAAGGUGCAAAUUCCAAAUAAAAGAACAGGGUUCGAGGAGCAAAUUCAAAAGAAAAGAACAAGGUUGGCGAUCAUAUUGGGAGUCACGCUUGCAGGUUUAUUUGCUGCAGCUAUUGUAAUAGGCUGCAUAGUCUUAACAAUCAAGAGAAAAAUAACUUCAGAGGCAGAGAAGGAAGAUAACUUUGAAUUGACAUCAUAUCUACCAACAAUAUUUUCUUUUGAGGAUCUGAAAGCGGCUACUGAAAACUUCAGCCGAGAGCUUGGAAAAGGUGGAUUUGGGUCUGUUUUUGAAGGGACACUGGGUGGCCAGAGAGUUGCGGUGAAGAGAUUGGAGGGUGUAGGCCAAGGGGCAAAAGAGUUCUUGGCUGAGGUCAAGACCAUUGGAAAUGUUCACCACAUCAAUCUGGUAAGGCUAAUAGGUUUCUGUUCAGAGAAGUCUCAUAGACUCUUAGUUUAUGAGUAUAUGUUCAAUGGAUCAUUGGAUAAGUGGAUAUUCUACAAAAAUGGAGACGACCCUCUCGACUGGCAGACACGAGUCGAAAUUAUAACCGAUGUUGCCAAGGGAUUGUCCUAUCUCCAUGAAGACUGCAGGCAGCGAAUUGCUCAUCUAGAUAUCAAGCCACAAAAUAUACUCUUAGAUGAAGGGUUUCAUGCAAAGAUAUCAGACUUUGGGUUAUCUAAGCUAAUUGAGAGGGACCAGAGCCACGCAUGGACUACCAUGAGAGGAACCAGAGGCUAUCUAGCUCCUGAAUGGUUGACUUCAAAAAUUACGGAGAAGGCAGAUGUCUAUAGCUUCGGUGUUGUGGUCAUGGAAAUUGUUUGUGGAAGAAAGAAUUUGGAUUAUUCUCAGCCUGAAGAAUGUAUCCACUUGAUCAGUCUGUUGCGAGAAAAGGUUAGACAAAACCGACUCUUAGAUAUCGUUGAUUAUCGCAACAACAAUAUGCAAUUGCAUACAUAUGAAAUUGUUGAGAUGAUAAGACUUGCAAUGUGGUGCUUGCAAAAUGACAGCGCUAGAAGGCCCUCUAUGACAGUAGUAUUGAAGGUUCUAGAAGGUUCCAUCAAGGUGGAAACCGAUAUUGAGGACAGAUUUACUGAUCCCACUCCACAAAUAGCAGAAAAUAUAGAUGGCUUGUGUGCUUCAGCUUCACAAUCAGCAUCAAUUUUAUCUGGAGGACGAUGAAUAUAUCGAUUUAAACGUAAGGUAAUCAUAUGUAUUUGUCUCGCUCUUUAUCUUUCUGUAGUCUAGGAAGGUAUUUGUUGUAUACUUUUGUUCUGUUGUCCCGUAUGUAUGUUUCGACCUCGUUACACUGCAUUAUACCAAGGCCAAAGAGAUUGGUCAUUGGAUAUUAUUCUCUGUACGGGAAUGAGGUUGUUUAGACUGCAA